CAAGCACAGUACCAGGUCCUGGCACAGAGGCGUCUGGGAAGCCAGAAGUUUCCAAAGCAGCGGGAACCCGAACCUGAGCAGAGCUCCCAGUAGCAGCGUGCACCAUGAAGGGGACACUGGCUGUGCUGGCCUUGCUGCUGAGCGGCGAGCUGGGCUUGCAGAGGAGUGAGAGUUUGACCAGUUGCCUGAUCUUUUAUGAGGUCUUUGGGACACUGUCCCUUGGAAGCAGGAAACUGCUGGAUGCCUCCUUGAGCUUGGUCGAUGCCACCCCAGCAGAGAAAGAAGCGCUGGGAAAAGUCCAGGAUUGCUACAAUGAGGGAGGGCUUACAGCCAAGGCCUUGGAUCUACAGGCCAUGGUAACUUCCUCCCCAUGCCCCGCCCCCACUCCAGAGCAGCACAUUGUAGAAUAG